AUGCCUCGACCUUCAAGUUUUUUGGAUCCUCGUCGCACGAUUUUUAUUGGUGGAGUGCCACGACCAAGAAAAGCUAGUGAAUUAGCUUUGUUCUCGGAAGUCUUUAUGGCUCAGUUUGCUAUGCAGGCAUUGAUGUCGACCCAAAAAUGAAAAUCCUAAAGGAGCUGCCAGAGUUACCUUCAAUACUUUUAAAUCUUAUGUUGCUGCAAUGGCUGACCGUUUUGUUAAUAUUCCACAUUCGUAUUUUUGGUUUACUUUUGCUUUUAUUUUUGUAAUAAACUUUUUUACUUUUAGGUCGGUGCUCUAAUGUUCUGAAACAGCAAAGAUGGGUUUUCCUCCUUUUUAGGGGUGGGGGUAGUGUAGGAGCGGACAAAACUUGCUAAUGAUAAUGUUGAAGGCCAAAUUUAACAAUCGUAUUUUCAGUCCUCAACGUAAUGUCGACGUCUACAUCUUCAGUUCAACUGAUUUCUACGUCAACAAAGCGUUGGUUUACCUUUUUAAUUUAUUUUUUAGCGUAUGGAGGGCUUCAUUUUGCGCCCCCUUCUCCCACUUCGUUUUGG